AUGCCGGAAUUCAUCAGCCUCACAUUCCCAAACGCAUCUACCGAAAUCAACCCCAUUCCCAACGCCUCAAUUGAUCCAGAGUAUCUGACUCGCUACGCUCGCAACCUCGAUGAUUAUGGCUACAACUACACACUAGUCCCCUACGACUCCUCAUCCUAUGAUCCAUUCACCAUCGGAGCCACUAUUCUCUCUGUGACCAAAAAGCUCAAGGUCAUCAUUGCCCUGCGACCCAACACAUUGUACCCCACCGUCGCAGCAAAGGCCCUAGCAACCCUCGACCAACUGAGCUCCGGUCGCGUCGUCGUCCACUUCAUCGCAGGGGGAAGCGACGCAGACCAAGCUAGAGAAGGCGACUUCCUCAGCAAGGAUGAACGGUACGGACGUCUGGAAGAUUACAUCAAGAUUCUCCGCCGUGCAUGGAAAUCCGACGAGCCAUUCGACUGGGACAGUAAAUACUAUCAGUUCAAACAAUUCAGCAACCGCGUUCGCCCGACGAACGGCCCAAUCCCCGUUUCAGUCGGCGGGUCAUCGGACGAGGCCUACCGCGUCGGAGGAUCCCUGGCUGACAUCUUUGGACUGUGGGGUGAACCUUUGAAAGAGACAAAGGACCAAAUUGAUCGUAUCUAUGCCGAGGCAGCAAAGGCCGGUCGUCCGGACUCGGAUAGACCGCGUAUUUGGGUUACUUUCCGUCCUAUUAUUGCUGAGACUGAGGAGCUUGCCUGGGCCAAGGCGCAUAAAACCCUCGACGCAUUGAAUACAAACCGGGCGAAGGGGCAAGGAAAGGCCCCUGUUGAUGCGCCGCCACCGCAGAAUGCUGGUUCGCAGCGGCUUCUUGAUAUUGCUGCUCGUGGUGAGGUGCAGGAUCGGGCGCUUUGGUAUCCCACUGUUACUGCGACGAAUGCACGUGGGGCGUCUACUGCUUUGGUUGGGUCGCAUCAGACUGUCGUUGAGUCGCUUCUUGACUAUAUUGAUCUUGGUGCGGAUCUUAUCUCUAUCCGUGGGUAUGAUAACCUUAACGACGCCAUUGAUUAUGGACGGUUCGUGCUUCCUAAAGUUCGUCAAACAUUGCAGGAACGGGAGAACGGAUCUACAAAUUAA